AUGUUUUCGUGCAAGACCCGGUACGCUUGCGGCCGGAGCCAGCAACAGCACAGCGACAGCGACGAGGACGGCAGCUACGGCUUUGGCACCGUGGGCAACAAGACCCGGGCCGCCGUCACGGCGGUCGGACGCGGCCAGUGUCCGUCGUCGUCGUACUCCGACGACGGCGACUAUCACAUCUACGGCAACCUGACGUUCGGCUACAAGCCGAUACUCAAGACGCGGCUGUCGAGCGCGGCGACUUCGGUGCGCCGGCGCGCGCCCGUCAAGCGGACCGUCAGCUUUUCCGGCGUGCACCGGUCGCCGCCGUCACCGCCGUCGCCGAUGAGACGUCGCAGCAGCUUCCGGCCGCCGCCCCCGUGCUAUUCUGUGGCCGUGCGCAGAGCCUCCAGUUUUUCCACCACCCGGAGGAACGUCGCUCAGAUGAUCGCCCAGAGGCAGCGCAUGCCGUUGCCCGGCGAACACGUCUUCACGCCGCCCUUGCCGCCCGCAAACCAACGAGUGAUCCCGCCGCCCUUGCCGCGACCAAACGAACGCGUUUUCCCUUCACCCUCAAACCAACUCGUUUUCACGCUGCCGCCGUCGUUGCCAGACGAACUUCGCGUCAUCGAUAACAGCGAAAUUAUGCCACAGACGAUCCUUCACACUAGCAGGGUCAUCGUCGACGUGCACAAGGCGACUGAUCGCUCGGAAACGCCACUGACCGCGAUCGAGCCCACCAGUUUGGACAAGAGCCCGUCCAAGCCGAUCGAAAAUGUCAUCUUGAAAGCUCCCAACGCCACGGACAUUGCUGGUCAGCGGAUGGAUUCUUAUAGAUUCUCGAUGGCGAAUUUAGAAGAUACUCAAGACGUAGACUUAGACGCCGUGUUGGGAGAGUUGUGUGCGUUAGAAUCACAAUACCAGAGCACGAACAGUCUAUUGGAUUCGGAAAAAAUUGAUUAUAAUUCAAUAAACAGGAUGCUGUCAAAUUCAAAUCAAACGGGAACAGUGAGGACAGACAGUCCGGACAAUGAUUCCGCGUUUUCCGAUUGCGUAUCGUUGUUGUCGAGUAGCGAGAGUUCAGCUUCGAGCGGCACUACCAAUCACUCUGCAGGAAACAAAGAGUCGUCUAAAGCGGAGAAAAUCCGUCUGGCCCUACAGAAAAUGAAGGAGGCCAGUGUGAAGAAACUGUUCAUCAAAGUGUUCAACGACGACGGUGGAGCGAAAUCGUUGCUGGUCGACGAGGGUAUGCGAUGCAGUUAUGUGAUGCGAUUGUUGGCCGACAAACAUCACAUUAAUCUCGGACCGCGCUGGGGGCUCGUCGAACAUCUGCCCGACCUUCACAUGGAACGCGUUUACGAAGAACACGAGUUGCUGGUAGACAAUCUGAUGCUGUGGACCAGAGAUUCCAAGAACCGUUUAUUGUUCGUCGAACGGCCCGAGAGGACGUUGAUAUUCGAAAAUCCGUCGUUGUUCAACACCAACAAUCAGUCGCUAAACCACGCGACUAGUAACUUUGCACAAGAAUACUUUUGCAACGGCGGACUUCCGAGCGUCGAGGGCCCGCUGUACAUCAAAACGGACUCUAGGAAGGGCUGGAAGAAGUACCACAGCGUGCUUAGGGCUUCGGGGCUGUACUAUUACAAGGACAAGACUUCGCGGUCGCCGAAGGACCUGGUUUGCCUGGCCACGUUCGACGUGAACCAGGUAUACUACGGCGUGGGCUGGCGGAAGAAGUACAAGGCACCGACCGAACACUGUUUCGCGAUCAAACACCCGUGUCUGCAGCAGCCCAAGUCCACCAAGUACAUAAAGUACGUGUGCGCCGAGGACGAGCGGACGCUGCAAAAGUGGAUGUCGGCCAUUCGGAUCGUCAAGUACGGACAGCAGCUGCUCGACAACUACGAGUCGGCGCUGGUCGGCGGGGACGGCGGCGACCCGUCGCAAACGUCGUCCAUGUCGCCCGCGCCGCCAUCGUCGUCCGGGACGUCCCUGCGCCGCGACGGUUCGAUGAUGGUACGCGGGACGGCGGGACGCGGGUCCGUGGGACUCGAUGACGACGUGGCCGCCACCGCCGCCGCCAUGAUGUUGGACGACACCGAGAGCGGACUGUCGUCGGACUCGGGAGGUUCGUCGUCCGGUUGCGACGUGGCGUUUGAGUCAGACUACCCGCCGUGCGGCACCAUCAAGCGGAAGCCGCCCAAACUGCCGCUGACGGCCACCACGCGUCAGCUCACCUGUUCAGUAACGGAGACGUCGGCGGCGACAGCGUUCGCCGCAGCCACUGCGGCCGCCAACCAACAAAAACCCGUCAAAUCGGUCAAGUUCGCCGACCACCACCAGCAGCCGUACCAGCACCACCAGCAACUGCAGUACCAACAGUACCAGCAGCAGCAACACCACCAACAACAGUACCACCAUCACAUGCAGCACCGCCGGACGCCCAGUCUGGAGUCUUUGCCGCCCCCGCCCCCCGAACUGUUGGUCGACCACGACGGCGAUGUCGACCAUGACGACGACGACGAGCUGAUAAACGCGGUACCUCCCCCACCGCCCAAGCUUCUGUCGCCUCCCAGCACAGCAUUCCUGGCCGACCUGCACCGGGUCGUCUGCAAGAAGUGGCAGGUGGCGCAAAAGUGCAAGCUCGACACGAUGGCCACCCCGCAUGAAGUGCUCGGGUUCCGGGAUCCGGCGCACGGGCUCCAAGUGCAGUUUACCGAUAGUGGCGCAGCUGGCACCAACAACGCGUACAGCCGUGAGGCCAACGUCAGCAACUGGGUAGCCGAACAUUACGGGCCCAACAACCUGUACGAGAAUGUGUACCCCAAGCAGCACCCAGGUCCGGCAACUUGUUCGUCGCCACCACCACCGCCGCCACCACAACAGCUUACGGCCCAACAUCUCCGGUCCACCAACAAGAUCAACAAGCGACCACCUCCGCCGCCGCCCCCGAGGUCCGAGAAGACUCAACUCACAACCGUCGUCUCGUAA